AUGUAUCAACAGCAUAAUAACCAAAUUACCCAGAACAUGCUUCACCAACCUCAAUAUUAUUCAAAACAUUACCCACAAAAACAGCAGCAUAAUUACAAUCAUAAUGCACAGUUCAGUAAUGUUUCAUACAACCAGUCACAAGUUUCAAAGUUUACAGCACAUCAACAUUGGAACCGGCACCAACAGCAACAGUUGAGUCAACAAAAUGAAUAUCACACUGCAGCUCAAUCUUUAUAUAAUAUAUCUCAAGAUACUGGUACAGCAACAAUUCCAUCAGGACAUUAUCAGCAGAAACAACAGUACCAACUAAGUGUUGAAAGACAGCAUAGCUUUCAGCAACAACGAAUUACACCUCCUCCACUUGAUCAUAGAAUCCGUCCAACACUUAUCAACCAUUAUUCUCUUCCUAUACAUCAAUCUCAGGAACAGCAACCACAGAUCACGGAAAACAACUCUGAUAAUCAGCAUUCUUCAUCUUCACAAUUUCAGUAUCCACCGGCCACAUAUAGCCAACAUUCCACUGUAAUGGAUCAAAGAUUUUCAACAUGGACAAAUACUAAACCAAAUACACAGACUAAUGUGUCUAAUUCAGUCUGUCCUCAGCAAUUAAGUACCGGUACUAAUGUUCAGUUCAAUCAGUAUACAGUCAGGCCAUCUCUGUCUGUGGACUCUGCAAGCAAUGCCUCGAUGUCCUCUUGGCAUCGUCCAACAGAAACACAACAAGUUCUUCCACCACAACAAAGUGUUCAGUCAUAUUCCACUAAAAAUUCAGGAUAUACUACUUCCAGGACAUCUCCAUCAAUGCCAGUGUUACAAAACAUGGGUGAAACUGAAAAAAAUCCUCCUGAUUUGACAAAAGUAUUAUCAUAUUUGAAGGAACCACCACCAUUAGUAAAAAUCUGUCCAAACACUGAAAAUCUGUCUAUAGAUGAGAAAAUUUCAGUAAAGAAAGUUUCACAACAGGAAGUUAGACGUCAAGAAGCUCCAUUGAGAGAUCUGAAGAAAAUGUACAGACUUCACAAACAAUCAGAAAAUAGUGAUGUGUUUCGUAAACCUAAAGAAAAAUAUAAACCCAGCCAGUGUUCAGAAACAUUGAAUUCUGUAUCACCUAAACAUAGAAUCGCAUCACCAGAUUCUACUCUUCUACCAGAUAUAUCUCAAUCAAAAACAGUAGUGUCUGCUGAACCCUCGUUUACAUCUGAUGAUAAAUGUGAAACUCCUUUAUCGCCUAUCAGUGAUAGUGAUGCAACAGUUUGUUAUGGUAAAGAUGAUGAUGACGAAUCAUUAAAACUAAGAUGCAAAGACUUUGAUUCACCAGUUAGAGAAUUGAAACCUGCGUCAUUAAAACGUUGCUUUAAUGAUGGGGAUGUUGAAUAUGAAAAUCUUGAAAAAAAAAUUAGAAUGAUUUCGCCGAGUAGAGAAUGUGAUUCUACAAAUGAAUUUGUCGAUGAACAUGUGAGAAACAAUUGUCAAGAUCGUCUGACACCUUUAGCGCCAGACCCUGUAGUUGGUUGUGUAAUUUACAACGAUGUGUUUCAUGUUCGGUACCUUCUUCGUGACAACAACAAAUACUAUUUAUUAAAUGAUAUUAGACCAUUUUUAAAGCAAAAUAAACCUUUGUUAACAGAUAUUAAACCAAUUCAGGCUUACGCUAUGUGUACAGAAUCUGAAGAAAAACUAUUGAGCUGGAAAUAUUCAAGGAGUCAUUUUUCUUUCGCUGUGACAUCAAAUAUGAAAUUUGUAGCAUUUGAGGUGGAUCCAGAAAUUUACUGUGAAUCAAUAAGUGCUAAAGAGUUUACUGACAAUGAAAAUACUGUGAAUGAAAUAACAGACAAACAUAUUAGUGCUCAGGACAUAUUGUAUAAAUCAGACUUAAUCCUGGAUAACACAACAAAUGUAGUGAACAAUCAAAUAAACGAAGAAAAUGAGAAGCAAACAUCAGCUUUAACUAGUGUCACAUUAAAGAAUGAAUUAGAUAAAUUAUCGGGUAUGGCUCAAGAAGUUAUCCAUAGUGCAUUUUCCUCUUUAUUAGAAGAGUGUAGAAGUUUACAAGAAGAAAACCAGAAACUCACAGAAAAGCUACAAUUUAAAGAUGAAAAAUUACAGUCCUAUGAAGGUAUUUGUUGCUUUUCUCAACUGAUCAAUGGCGUCUUGCCAUUUGGGCUCAUUCCCACUGGAGCUAAUUUCAAUUUGUAG